UGUUCUUUGGUGUAUAAUAAUACAGUGAUUUUGUGACUACCAAAGAAGUGACUAGAUUUUUAUCAUCGUCAAUAUUUCUUUCAUCUGGUUAAGCGUUUAUGUUUGAUUAUCGAAAUCUUUGCCACCGUUUGUUGAUAUAAAAUUUUACGAUGACUGAUUUACAUACGAAGUGAGAGUUUCAUUUAUAUCAUAUCGUGUGUCAGUAGUACGAAAAUGAUACACGAGUAUUAAAGUGUAUCCUUUAAAAAUGUGCCAAAAUUUGGGAUUAAUUCAGGUUAAAGCACUGUGAAAAUAAGUGGCUCUUCAAAAUGGAAGGAUUAUGCCAGAUUUAAAUUGUUUGUUUAUUCUGCUAAUUAUGACGAGAUUUUACAAAAACUUGGAUUUUUAGGGUAGAAUUUUUUUAUCCAUGUUUGGAAAUAGUGGAUUAUUGAUGUUGGAUUUUAGAAUGUAUUGAAACUGUUUUUACUGUGACAUGAUGUGUCAGAAAACAUUUUCUUGAUAUUUUCAUGAGAUAAGUGUUAAACGUUUAUAAAACCUGUUUAUUCGAAUUUGUGACAGUUUAUAGCCUCGAGGGUAUGAUCGAACGAUUGCAAUUCAGUGUACAUAUGUAAUUUAGUUUUCAAUUCCUUUGAUUUUUAUUGAUAACUCAAAAAGUAACCUUCGAGGUUUGAAAAUUGAGACUUAAAAUUGCUGUGAAAUUGGAAAAUUACACCUUUUUAUGACAUUACAAAAUAUUUCUUUUUAAAAAAAUAAUAAAUAUGUUUUGUGUUGAAUAGAAAUUUCGAUGCGAUGCAGUGUGUUUAAUAAUCGUGAGAAAAACAACUUUGAUUUUAACAACAAGGAAACAAGAUGACCUGCUAGUUUUGUGUAGAAAGACUAACAAAAGACGUAAUGAAACUGUGUCAUAGUUGACAAAGGAAAUUUAAGCCCCAAAUUAUCUGUUUCUAUUUAAAUGUCUUCCUGGACUUAAGAAGAAGUGAAAAAUGUGAUUGUCAACACAUUGUUCUCAAAAAUAGAGCACAGCUUGCAUUAAAGAUUGUAGGCUGUACAAAAAUGCAGUUUUAAAUUCUGUGGUUCCUUUUAUGGAGUUUUGUCAUGUGUUGAACAGCUUGGAUUUGAAUAGUUGUGGUUUUGGAAAAAUGAGAGAAAAAACUGAAUGAAAAAUCGCUAUGGUUGAAGGAAAUAUCAUUCAUAAUGAAAAUGAGGUAUUUAAAGUAUCAUUCUAUUCAAAUUGUAUAUGAAAUUUGUUGAAAAUGUAUGCGUGAAGUGACGAUGACAAAACUGUUUGGAUUUUAAUUAAGUUUUGGAAUAAUUUGGAAUACUAAAUCACAGAAAAAGAAAAAUGAUACGAGGACGUAAGGAGGGUAAAUCAUACGCAACAUGGUUUAUUGGCUUAGAUAAUGAAAUUGACAAUGGGCUGUUCUCACCGCCCCCACCACUGUUACCCCCUGUCACCCAGAAUACCCAUAAUUCCCAGCAUUCCGUAUCCACGGGAACCGAAACCAAUGGUAACUAUGGCAACGAGGAAUCCUCAUCGAAUACAUCAAUGGAAAGCAUCGGAAUGUCUACACAGACAACACCAAAGCACGUUCCGAGAAUGGCGACCACGCCUACGCAGACAAUCGAAGAUUUGGAUACAAAAGAGCAAGAUAAACGAGACAUUUAUAAAGAAGCGUUUGAGAGCACAAAGCGAACUGAAGAGGCGAAGUUCAAGGUCCGGUUCGACAAUCUAAUGUCUGAGAUGCAGCAGUCAUUUGAAAGUCUCUCACCUCGGGAAGGCUCCAUGCCACAUGGAUAUGGCAGUACUUCAUAUGGUGAUCUUAUGACCACGUACAGAGCGAAGAUUAAAGAUCUUCUGGUCAGUCUGUCUCAGCGGUUGGAGCUGGCUGUCGAAAGUUUUGACGAAUCUUGUGCCACCAACCCAUCGUUAACGAGUCUCAAAGUACGUCAGAUGAUCUCGAAACUCGUAGAAGAUCGUCUCGGGGAAUCACUUGAUCUCACAAGUGAUGAGGCUGUUUCUGAUUUAUCGUCGUUAUCCGAUGAUUCCUCGGAGCAGAAAUCGUUGGAAGAGCAGAUAGCGCAAGCUGUGAUAGCUAGGAUGUUGGAAAUACACAGAAAUCAAAAUGGAAUUCAUCUUGACCUUGAUGAACCAAGGUCAGCAGAUGAGAGAAGGGACUCUUCAGGAUCGGAGGUAAAAACAGUGGUUAGGAGUAGGAACUCUUCAAUUGAGGAGGAGCAACAUGUACCAGGAGUUAAUGUGCCAAAAGAUAAUCAUUUAUCCCAAAGUGGGAAAUCACCACAAAGUGACAAUGUUCAUAGUGAUAUAAAUUCAAAUAUUAGUGCAAAAGGUGUGUAUAUAGAACCUAUAGGUGAAACAAGUGAUAAUACUAUACAUUUGGAUAAUGAUAAUCAGCAUGAUAUUGUUGAUGGUGGCCAUGGGAGCAAUUUGGAUGAUUCAGGGAAUAUUUCACCUACAAAAUUGACACCCAACGAGAGUGCAGAUACAUCAACUGAUUCAAUCAGUGCAAAUAAAAGUGUGCAUAAUAAAAAAGGUGAGAAACGGAGGUUAGACUCAACUAAUUCUGAGCCAGACCCAGAGGAUGAAAAAAUAUUAAAAAGCGAGUUCGAAAAAUUGCGAAGUUUUGCGAAAGAGGUUGUGCCAAAACCAUUAUAUGAGGAAGCCAAGUUUACGGAAGAAGUUGAAAGUGAACCGAUUGAAGAAAAUAUGGAUUAUGAAGAAGUUGAUCAUGAAGAAGCUCAAGACGAUUUUAAUUCCAGAUUUUUUACAUUUGACAAAGUCCACGAUCAGGAUAAUCGGUUUCCAGAUUUCAGCGAACUGGAUUACGAGUAUCAUGACUUUGGUAUAAAUGAAGUAGAUCCCGAUUUAUUAUCGAUGAAUCUCGCACCAAUUUUGGAAGAGACUGAGGAGGAGUUAUUGGAAGACGAAGAGGAGGAUGUGAACAAUGAGGGGGCAGUAGGUGGAGCCUCAGAGAUUGACUGGCGGGGAAACUGGAUGUUUAAAGGUGCUUCAGGGAUUGACUCUUACGAGAGCAUGUCACGAUCGCGGGUUAAACCGCCCCACAACUUUGGGGAAGGCAUUGUCCGUGUACCGCAACCUAAUGUCAACCUGCUGGCUCCCAUCAUCGGAAACAGGGACGUUGAUGAGAUGUCAUCUGAUCUCUCAGACGACCAUGACCUCAGUGAUGAAGAAAACUCAUUUUACGCCAAAACUAGUGAAGAAAUCGCGAGAAUCACUCGUAAGACUUCCAGCAGUUCUGGACAGGCUAACAACUCCGUACCAACUGAGGGUGAAUCAGAUGCUGAAUCGAUAUCUUCUCGACCUUAUUCAUCAUCGUUUUCCGAUUAUGGUUACCACGGCAACCAAAUGGAUCAAAAUAGCAUGAAUACUAGUAAAGCUAGUAUAAAGUCUGCUGUAAAGUUGUCGGAAGAGCUAGUUCAAUCCGAAAAAGAUGACCCAAAGUUUGAAAUUCCACCUAUCAGUGUGACGAUCGCAGAAGGGGAACCGGCAAAGUUCAAUUGUAGGGUCGGUGGUACUCAGCCUCUAGACAUUUUCUGGUACCGAAUUCGAGACGAAAUCGAGGAACUGGAGAACUCCGAGAAUUACGAGAUUAUCAAGGAUGGGUGCCGACAAAACCUGACAAUGUACAACAUGACGUUGGACGAUGCAGGACAAUACAUGUGUAUAGCAAUGAACGAACAUGGGCGAUGCUGCCAGUACUUCAUACUUAGUGUAAAAAAAAACACACAGGACCUGAAGGCCCCAGAAUUUCUCAAGAAUCUGUCUGACGUUGAAGUUGCUGAAGGUCAAAGUGUGAAGUUUAGGGUCAAGGUCAAGGGCAUUCCACAACCCAGGGUCGUCUGGUACAAAGAUGGACAGAUUCUAUUAAACAAGCUUAACUAUAAGUUUGAUCGAUUUGGAAAUCGGGACUACAUCUUGGCAAUCGAUAUCGCAACGAUGGAGGAGGAUGCAGAAUAUACGGCCCUCGCGAAAAAUAUCGCAGGAGAGGCAAAAUCAUCAGCACAACUUAUUGUUGAGCCAAAAAAUAAACCAGAAAGUGUUCCUAAAUCUUCCAAAUCCCCAAAGGUAGAUCAGAAAAAAGACUCUUCAACCUCCAAAAAGAGCACAGACGACUUUCCAGACCUUUCUUACCUCCGAUUAGGGAGAGGUCGCAAUUCCUCAAACACAACAACACCCUCAUCAUCAUUUACAACACCAGCAUCUAAAUCAUCAGUAGCAACAACAUCAGCAGCAAAUUCAUUAUCAUCUUCAACUUCCAAUGGUACUAAUGGUGAUGAUAAAGAUGACAAUACUUUAUCAGCAACAGUUCCUAGUGAAAGGGAAGACGUUUCGCCAUCAUCGAGAGAGGAGGUUGAAACAGACCAUAAAAAGAGCAAACCAUUUGCAGCUGAUGUUAUAAUGAGAGAAAAACCUUCUGACAUCAUGGCAACAAGCACACCAAGAAAUUCAGACACAGAGCGGGUAUUUAACCCCGAUAGUGACACUUCCCACAUAACAUGUGACCAUAGUGAUGUUCCCUUAGAAACAGGGCAUGAUGCAAGUAAUGACUCGCAUAAAAGUGAGAUGUCGUUCAAUCUGAACCCUAUGAAUAUUAACAUGGGUGCUAGUGCUAAAGACAAAACAUCCUCAUCGAGGCCUAAGACCGGGCGUUCAAGGUCAAGUUCUACGGAAGAUGAUGCAGACUAUGAAUCUCGGUACAGAUUUCACACAAGAACGCACUCAAAUGAUGGAAGUCAUUCGGCUCAAUCACCUAAUGUUUCUAUGGAUACCACAGAUGCUCAUAACCAUUCUUUGGAUACAUCUGAUGAACCAUUGGUUGUAAACUUAGGGCCUAAACGUGAAAAUAAAGACCGUUAUCGUAAGGACUUUUAUGUGACGGAUACACCUUUAAUGUCUCGAAAAACACCGCCCACAUCACCGAGGGACCUCACUCCAACUUCUCCACAAACAUUGACCCCCGGAUCCCCAAGGGACGUAAUGCCAUUGAGAGAUGUAACCCCUGCAAGGGAGGAAACUCCAGUAUCACCAAGAGCUCGUACUGAAGAAAAGAUUGUCCUGGCAACCAGUCCUGCUCCAAUGGCAACAAGUUCUGCUCCAAUGGUAACCAGUAACCAAGGCAACAGGUCAAUGAGCUUGGCAGAGAAAAUGAGAUUACAAAACUCCCUACAAGAGCAGGACAAGCUUACUGCUGCUGCGCAACCACAAAAUAAGGUUCCAAGUACAGCUGUUCCAGCAAAGAAGGUGAUUGGGUCAGCUCAGGCUAGACAAGCCCCCCAGCCACCACAGCCGAGGCCUAUAACUCCUCCCCCUGUGGAAAAACCAGAACCUACAUUCCUCAAAGGUAUUACAAGUGAAAAAGACAUUCCUGAGAGUCGAACAGAAUUCAACGAAGAUUACACCAUCGAACUGCCGAGCGUUAAUCGACUUAAGGCAAUGUUUGGUGGUACAAAAUCGACAGAGAAAGACUCGUCCAUAAAGCGGCCAGUAUCCACGGAAGAUGAGCCAAUUCACAGCAUCACAGCACGGAGUGUUCCAAAAGAUCAGCUUGAAAAACUGAAGCAGACGACAGAUGAUCAUCCAAGUGCUAGGGUUGCACUCCAUUCUUCAUCUAAAGCUGAAUCGAUUAAACUGGUUCAGUCAGGCAGAGCAACUGCUUUGACCACUGGCAAACAAAUCAAGCAGACCCCAAACAUGCCAAAACAGGUUUUCACAUCAACAGAAGCGCAUUUAUCAGAACAUCCUAGUUCAAAAACUCAUGUUCCUAAACAGAGUAUUCAAAUUGCAUCAAAUGUUAAAAGCUCUGAAGCCAAAAUUGACUCUAAAGCUCACACGGUUAUAAAAUUAAGUUUAGCCACAGGAAAUACUAACAAACCAAUCAGCUCAGAGGAUUCAGCUAGAACGGAUUCAAAACAACCAAUCAAAAUGACUCAAGGUAAAUCUCAGCCAAAAGACAAUUCUGUUAAAACAGGAGAAGCAAUUGACACACCAGAGGAAAGAAAAUCCCCUAAAAUCAAGACUGGGGCAAUUUCAGCAAUGUCGAAAUUCUGGGAAAAAGUUAACACUGGUGUAAAAGAAGACGCGCCUGAAAUCAUAGAAGAUUAAUAAUGAUUUAAAUUCACUUAAACAAAGGUGAACAGAGUUAUUUCCUCAUUAAAGGCCUCUUUAAGGACAUAUUGUAAGUCUGGUUUUAUAUGCCUAUGGAACCAUUUUUAACUUACAUGAAAUACUUGUAACAUAUAUAACUUGUAUUUGAAAGCAAUUAUAACAAAUACCUGUACAUUUAAAAGGGGUUAUCCGUUACAAUGUUAUGAGUGUAAAUAUAUCAACUGUAUAUAAUUCCUGUAUACUGCCAAAAUGUAGCCAACAGUAGAAAAAUGUUAUGAUUUCAGACAUAGGAUUAACAAAUGAUGUUUUUCGCAUGUGUUUUCAAAAAUCUCACAUGUAUUCAUGUUGACAAUGUUUGUUAUAUAUGUAUUGAGGUAACUUUUAAGUACCAAAAUAUCCUAGUGUGUUUAUUUUGUGUUUUGUAUUGUUGUUGGAUUACAUAUUAAUAUUUGUCUUAUAUAUGCCAGUAACGUUUCUCCUAUACAUGUAUCAACAAAAAUUAUGCACAUGCAUGUUUAUUCUAUCAUGUGUAUCUUCUUAUUUUGUGUACUAAAAUGGUUAUAAAAUGUACACAUCCAUGACAUUAUUCCAUCAUCUUGUUGACUGGACUUUUUUCCUAAGACAAAAAGCAGGGUAUUGUGAUAACCUUGGAGUCGUUGUCGACGCGCAAUACCUUUACCAUUACCCAUAAUAAACUCAACAACCAUUCAAUGUAUUCAAAUGGGACUUGGUACACAUGUUGCCAGGGACAAUAGGAACAUGAAUAGCAAGACCCAUGACUAUUGCUUAAAUGCUUAUGGACUCUUUUCCUUUUUUUUUAAGAAGAAAACAGAAGAGCAUAAGAUUUACUCCAUUGCGCUCUUGUGAACUCAGCCUUAUAUUGUUGUUACUUGAUUGUUUAUGUGUUCUAAGAUGAGUUUUUUGGCCUUAAGUUUACAUAACUCAUUAAUGAGCUAUUUGGGAACAACGAACUGGCUGAUAUUGGCCUAUUUGAAAAUAAAGCAUUGUAUUUUAAAUAGGCUAUUCUCAAAUCAGUGUGUUAAAACUAUGAAUUUCUUUGUAAGUGCAAUAUACUUCCUUAAACGUGAUUAAGGCCUGUUAUAAUUUGCAUUUGUUGAUGACAAUAAAUCAUGAUUACAAGGAUUAUUAUUAAACACUCUGUGACACUUGUUAGAAAUGGAUUUAGAAUUUAUCUUGUGCACAACUCAUCUGAACACAUUGGGCCGAUUUUUCAGAGCUUUGUUCAAGUUAACUAUGUGAUUAAAUGUCAAAUAGUUUUUGGUGUGCUCAUUUUAACAAAACAAGUAUUGCAAAAACAGCUUUCUCAACGCUUUUCUGCAGAUCUCUAGUGCGUCGUUGUAACUUCCUGAGCAACAUAUUUGAAAGUAAACAACGAUGACGUUAAAAACGUUAACUUUAACAAAGUUCUUAAUAAGUGGCUGAAUGUCUAUAAACAAUCCUAUUGCUCAUUUUGUAUGAUUGCUUGUGUUUUAUGUUUGAAGUAAUUGUUAUUUCUUUCAUGCAAGUAACGUGUAAUGUUGAAGUGAAAGUGGGGUAACUUAAUUACAAACCUUUCUAAUAAGCUAGCUUAACAACAAAUCCUCAAACAGUCAGUUAGUAAUGGACUUUCAUAUUCUUAGUUUGUCUGUUUUUUUAAAGAAAACAAUUGAAGUAUUUUAAUACCACUGGUAAUAUUCUUUGCGUUAUUAUCGUAAUGCAAAAAGUUUCACUUGGCCAUAACACAAAAAGCUGUUCAAAAUAUUCAAAUGAAACUUGGUAUAUAUGUUACCAGAGACAGGAUGUACAUGUAUUGCAAUGCCCAUAAUAUGUCCAGUUAUGCACUGGACAACAACAACAACAGAUAAUCAUUUGAAUUUGAUUCACAGUGCUAAUGUUCGACAAUUUCUUGAUAGAUAGUGGAACCUUGUUUUGAAAGAAGCGUAUGAAAAACUGAAAAAGAAUUUAUAAUGGAUGUUGCACUUGAAUAAAGAAAUGUUGGGCUGCACGUUCAGACUCUUGUUAAAGUGAACAAGAUGGCUAACAUCAUCGUUGUUAAUUUUCACAUCAGUAUUCAAAUAGUUCUGGAAGUUUAAUGGAUACACUUGUGAUCUGCAGGAUUUCUAACAUGAUUUGACACAACUGUUUCAGCAUUUAAAUAUGUAAAUUUUGAGUUUUUAUUAUAACCAAGACUUAUAAAUUCAAAAAAGUAUGUGUAUUAUAAUUAAGAAAUCGAGGUCAAAAUGUAUAAUUAAUAUGAAUUACGAUAUGAAUACUCCACAAACUUUUGGUAAACAGAAUGUACUGAUAUUUAAACAUGAACAUUUGGUUGCAUGAAAGUUGCUUUUUUGUAUUUGUUAUCAUAUAACAUAUUACGUUUGUUUACUAAUCACUGGUAUCCCUGUGCAAUACUUAACAAUUCAUGAUAUUCAGCAAAUUUUGUAUGUAGAUUUAGUAGUUACAAAUUUACAAAUAAGCUUGAUAUUUGAUCCAGCUAUUGGCAACAAUGUUGAAUUCUGAUGCCUGGCGACCACAUGUACUUUUGGUAUAACUUUGAUAUGGUAUUGCUGACUGAUUACCAAUGUAUAAAAUAAAUAACAGAAAAUACAUUACAGAUAAAGUUACGGCAGUUUGCACUUCUAUUUUUUAUUUCAACUGAAUUUGGAAAUGAAAUGACCGAUUUUGCAUUUUUACCAAGACAAAACAGUGUGUUUACAAUACUAUUUAUUGGUAUUUAUUGGUGUAUUGUUUUUUAUAUAUUAUUCAUCUAAAUCUUAAUCUAGUUUAUAUUGUAUAACAAUUUAUAUUUUGUUAUUUGGAACACAUACUUAUUAUGUGUUCAAAUUACUUAAUAAAUGUGUUGAGUCCUAAAUCCAUAUUAAAACGAUACCAAACUAAUGAGAUCACCAGGUGUCAACAUUUCACAUCAUUGUUUGUCAGAUAACUUAAAUAGUUUAUUAUUUCACCAAAUAUAGCUAGAUCUGUAGUUUGCAUAAUCUUAUUCUUUUAUUUUGAAAAACAUAUUUGUUUAACAUGUACUUGUGUUAUAUCUUAAAUUGACAUUUGUUGCAUUUAUUUAAUAGAAAAUUAUUUUGUACAAUUAUAUUUUGAUGAUAUUAUGCAGCUGUAAUUGAACUAAAGGGCCUCAUUCACUGAUAAUAUUUUGGCAGGGACUUGUUUUAAACCUUUGUUUGAUAUCUGACCAUACAUGAGUUAUAUCCCUUUAAGCCAAGUACAGAUAAAAAUUAUACUUUGUAAAUGCAAAUAAUAGGCACUGCACCAUGCAGCCCUUAUGACUGCCAGUUAUGCGCUGUGCUACCCAAUCUAAGGCUCCCAAUUUAAAAAAAAUUAAUUCAUAUACCAGAUUAUUGAUAAAAAAAAUCACCAGUGUGAUACUAAACUUUAAUAGGAAGAUGACUCAAGUUUGAUAAGGAUUUAUGAUCAUUAAGUGUUUUAUGAAUGCCAGCCCUGAAGUUCACUAUAUAUUAAAGUUUGACCAAUGUUAAAGAAAAGCAUGAUAUUUUGAUAAUGCUGAUUAUGAUUGUAAGUUGUUGUUACAUGUAUGUGUUUUUACUUGUUAUAGUUUCAUAUUUGUAAAUAAAUUACUACUAUUCAAUACAUUCCACAGAAAUGUUGCUUUGUAACAAAGAAAUAAAAAAGUAACAAGUGAUUAAUA